GCUGGUUUGAAUAAUUCACUUAAUUUUGUCUCGUCUUGAUGCGGUCAUUGGUAGUAAUCCAACAUAGGUCUACUCUAGCCAAAAUGAAAUUAAUAGUUUUAAUGGCUGGAAACGAAAGUGGGACAGAAUACUCUCAACUGCGCGCCCGAGUACUGAAUGCGAGUACUUUUGACACCCCCGCCGGUAUGUGAGUUUUAAUAAACGAUUAACUCGAGGAAAGUGUGCGCACGCGCAUUGUUAAGGUUUCGGGCGCGGAGGAAUUCAGUUGUGUUGCCGGCGCGCACACGCCCUCUGCGUCAUCUGGUCGAAGGCUCAGUCAGGGCGCUGAAUCUCUCCCUUGCUGUCUGUCUUCACUUGGCUCCACUAACUUGCCGUUGUCGCCUCCCUCCGUCCACGGCUGCGUGGGCGCAAGCCUCGAGCCACCGGAGCGGGGAAAUGGUCGCGUCCUCGGGGAGGAACUUACCCGUUCUCUCGGUGUCUUGACGCAGCCGUUUACCUGAGAAAAAAAUGGCACGGCAAAACCUCACCUGCCAUUACGACGAGCCCAUGAGCUUUUUCUAUAACAACAGCGGUGCUGACGAUAAAUGGGACAAGACCCAGCUCAUUCUCGUCCAAGCGGUGGGCUCACUCUUUUGCUGUUUCAUCCUGCUCUCCAACGCCAUGGUCAUCGCAGCGGUCAUAACGAACAAGAGGUUCCACUACCCGUUUUACUAUCUCCUCUCCAACCUCGCUGCCUCAGACUUCCUGGCGGGCAUCGCGUACGUGUACCUCAUGUUCAACACGGGUGAGGUCUCGCGGAGACUGACAGUGAAAGGAUACUUUAUCCGCCAAGGUCUUCUGGACAUCAGCCUGUCUGCCUCGCUGGCCAACCUGCUCGUCAUCGCGCUGGAGCGUUACAUCUCCAUCAUGAACUUUAAAGUCCACAGCAACCUUACGAAAAGGAGGGUGACCCUGCUCAUCGUGCUGGUGUGGGGUAUCUCCAUCCUCAUGGGCGCCGUGCCCAGUCUGGGCUGGCACUGCAUCUGCAACCUGAACGACUGUUCCCAGCUGGCCCCCAUUUUCAGCAGGGGCUACCUGGUCUUUUGGUCCGUGUCGAACCUAGUUGUAUUUCUGGUGAUGGUGGCCAUUUAUAUGAGGAUCUACACCUACGUCAAGAAGAAGACGUCGUUGCUCACGCCGCACACCAGUGGCUCCAUUAACCGCAAGAAGACGCCCAUCAAGCUCAUCAAAACAGUCAUGGUGGUGCUAGGAGCCUUUGUGAUCUGCUGGACUCCUGGCCUGGUGGUUCUGCUGCUGGACGGUCUCAACUGCACCAGCUGCAACGUCAUGAAACUCAAGCGUUGGCUUCUUCUCCUGGCCGUGCUAAACUCUGUCAUGAACCCGUGCAUUUACUCCUAUAAGGACGAGGAAAUGUGGACCACCUUCAAGAACCUCAUGCGAUGCAUAGGCAACGGGACACGGCGGCAGCGCUCAACGCGAGCCAAUACCCGUCCGCUAAAUUCCACCCAGGACACGGCCAGCAGCCCGCCUCUGUCCGAAGAGGCAAAAAACACCGACCAGGAUAUCUUCCAGACCUGAGAGUGGAAUUUGUUCUGAACUUUGAGGAAUGCCUGCUCACUCUAAGAUGGAAAUGCUUCAUGAAGAUAAUGCGUAGACUGGAGUCAACAGUUCUUUAUCUUCAAAGAAAAUUUGGUCUGGAGAUGAGGAUCAGCACAGGCUCACCGUGUCAGUUAAAAGCCUGAGUUUUUGUGGCGCUGAGAAGACACAACACUCAAAACAUCCUGUUGCCUUAGCAACAUGAUACAACAUUUGUUUUCACUCAUCGGAAUUUCAUCAUUUUGGAAACGAUCUCUAAAUGGAGAAAGCCGUCUUUUUCUGUUAUUUAUGGCUGAAAAACAGUGAGGACACCAUGGUGCAAUUUUUUUUCUGGUUUUAUAUCCCCCCCCAAAAAAGUAUAUGAUAUACCGUACCAAGGGUGAUGCUCCAGUCUUGUUUGUGUCUAUUUGGUCAAUAUGAGGUAGCAUGAUAUUGAGCGGAGUACGUCAUUUUACGGACAAUUUUCUUAACACUACUGUAGUUUUGCAAACUGUUAUUUUUCUAUUACAUACUGCAAUCAAUUGAACAAUAUGCAAACAGAACUAAUGUUUGCAUACUCUCUGGACAUUACAUUAGAUACACUUGCGAUAUGUUCACCUGCAGAGCCACACUGCUUUACUGUAGUGAUGGCAAGCUACAAAUUUAUUUACAAAAGUCCACAUUUUAAAAUGAUUACCUCUGUCAACGCCAACCACACAUUUGUUGUCUUUGCAAAGGCAAACCUUUGGAUAUUUAGAUCUGGCUCGAUUUUCCAAUUGCACCAAAUCUAGUGUCAAUUUAGGUAAUUUCCCCGAAGUGUGUCGAAGAUGGGGGGACGGGGGGGGGGGGAUUAAUUUCAAGUGUAUGGAUGAUACCUUGUUGUUGUUGUUUUUUGGGUUUUUUGGUCCAUUUGCAGUCUCUGCCUGUGGCCAAAGAUAAUAGUCACCCAAACUUGGCGCUGCUGAUUGAGGCAAACUGGUUCUCCCUGUAGCAUUUCCCCACAUCCGCUGCAGCUACUUUUAAUGGCUGCUGCUGCUCUGCUGAAACAAAGGCAAGAGGCUUGCAAAGAGGGGAAAAAAAUGUCGUAACACACUGGAUUCCUGCUGGCGGUCCGUCACACAAUAGUUUACCUGCAGGAAGUUAGGAGGAUAUGACUGACGUAGGCUGCACCGCUCCUUCCCAGACGCUUGUGCUAUAAAUAACUGACAAACGCGAUUUCAGCCUGCGAACGCUGACUCUGACGGUUCGAUCUUCCUCAUGUCGCUAUUUUGUGUUUUGUGUCUACUUGUUCAUGUAUUGUGUAUCACACAGAAUGCAUGAGUCUUUCUAGAAAUUUAUAUUGGAGAUUUGAGUUUUAUAAAAGAUAAAUAUAAAAUCA